CCACCACAGCGCCCUGGAGCACAGGAGAUGGCCUUCAUGGAUAACAGCACCUUUGAUUACCCUUACGACUACGCGGGUGUCACCCUGGACCCCGACACACCUGUGGACAACACUUCCUAUAAGCUGCCAGCUACGGACAAAAUAGCUCUGUUCAUCUUUUUCGUGGUCUUCCUAGUGGGUGUGCCGGGCAAUGCCCUGGUGGUCUGGGUGACAGCAUUCGAGGCCAAGCGAACCAUCAACGCCAUCUGGUUUCUGAACUUGGCAGUGGCUGACCUCCUCUCCUGCCUGGCACUGCCCGUCUUGUUUGCAUCUGUCAUAAUGCAAAGCAACUGGCACUUCGGGGAGGCGGCCUGCCGGAUCCUGCCGUCCCUCAUCCUGCUCAACAUGUACGCCAGCAUCCUGCUCCUGGCCACCAUCAGCGCAGAUCGCUUCUUGCUGGUGUUCAAUCCCAUCUGGUGCCAGAACUUCCGCGGGGCGGGCUUGGCCUGGAUCGCCUGCAGCGUGGCCUGGGGCUUGGCCCUGCUCCUGACCAUUCCCUCCUUUCUGUACCGCACGGUGCGCGAGGAGCAUUUCCCACACAAGAUCAUCUGUGGCGUGGACUACGGGAGCGACGGCCGGCGCAAGGAGAGGGCCGUGGCCAUCGUGCGCCUGGUGGUGGGCUUUCUGUGGCCGCUCUUCACCCUCAAUAUCUGCUACGCCUUCCUCCUAUUCCGCACGUGGAGACGCAAGGCCACGCGCUCCACCAAGACGCUCAAGGUGGUGGUGGCCGUGGUGACCAGCUUCUUCAUCUUCUGGUUGCCCUACCAGGUGACAGGGAUGAUAAUGGCUUUGUACCCCAGUUCCUCGGGGGUCUUCCUGCAGGUGCGCAAGCUGGACUCCCUGUGCGUCUCUGUCGCCUACCUUAACUGCUGUAUCAACCCCAUCAUUUAUGUGGUGGCGGGCAGGGGCUUCCAGGGCCGCCUGCGCAGGUCCCUCCCCAGCAUUCUCCGCAACGCCUUGACCGAGGAAUCCCAGGGCCGGGAGAGCAAGUCUUUCACGCGCUCCACCGUGGACACCCCGUCCCAGAAGACCCAAGUGGUGUAAGGGGUGGAGGCUUCCUCGGCCACUACACACCCCAGGGUCCCCCUUCCUUGACAGACAUUAUUUUUCUGCUUUUUUUU